UGUUGUAAUACCUUUAAUUGCUGUUGUGCGCGAAAAUCUAACGAGCAACCGUAAUAUAUUAUAGAUUAGCAAGAUCUUUUCAAUAUGGCUAAUGCAGUGAUCAACAACCGAUAUACAUCAGUAGCUUGCAAUCGAACCACCGAAUCGUUAGAUUGGGGAGACGAUGGUCUAAUUUACUUCGCUGCUUGUCAUGCUAUCGCAAUCGUAAACAUAAAUAUUAACGGGUCGUCGAAAAUUAUUCGAACGCUUUACGGCCACAAAGCUCGAGUGACUACAGUGAAAAAGAUUCGCUCUGCAUCAGCUUCCGCUGGACAUGGAUGUAUCGAUCUCAUAUCCGGAUCAGAUGACUGCUCGUGCAUACUCUGGAGCACUCGUGAUGCAACGAAUUCUGCGGUACAACACGUACUGAAAGGUCACUCUAAAGGAGUUACUCAAGUAGACGCUUUCUAUCAUAACGAUUGUUUGAUCGUUGCCACCGGAUCCGCGGAUAGCAGCAUCAAGUUGUGGCGUCAAGAAAACGGUGCGAAAGACUUUACAAACUUUCAAACCAUUGACCUAAAGCAAGGAUUUUGUUUUAGUUUGAAAAUUUUUGCUCUGCCUGGAUCCGGAGUCGCUGGGUUGGCUUGCGCAACGGAUAACGAUCUGAUACAUUUGUAUGCAUCGGAUGGGGAUAAAUUUAACCUGGUACAGCAACUAAAAGGUCAUACCGACUGGGUUCGUGGUUUAGAUUGUGUAACCGAUGUUGGAAAUGACGAUUUGCUGCUUGCAAGCGCCUCACAAGAUGCAUUCAUUCGUCUGUGGAGAAUUUCCCAGCGAGAACAAAUUGCGAAACAAAAGUCGUUUGAGGAGUUUGCGGCUGAUGAAGAUAUUGUUUUGGAGGAAAGAAUAUUUGAAGUUCGCCACGGAGAACGUAACUUUUAUUAUGCCAUUUCCCUAGAAUCGGUUCUUCAAGGACACGAAGGCUGGGUCUAUGGAGUGCAUUUUAGUAAACAUGGCUCCCAGCUGCAUCUACUUUCAAGUUCGAUCGAUAAAACGCUUACGAUUUGGACACCAUCUGCUUCCGGUGUUUGGUUUGAGAGCGUUCGGGUAGGAGAAGUUGGUGGAGCCCUUCUUGGAUUCUAUGGUGGAAAGUUCUCUCCGACAGGGCAAUCCAUAAUAGGUCACGGUUUUCAAGGAAGUCUUCACAUAUGGCAUCAAGAUCCAAAUCAAGCUGGCAUUUGGUUGCCGGCUCAGUCCAUUGUAGGUGGGCACUUCGAAGCGGUGAGAGAUUUGGCUUGGGAACCGCAGAGUGGUGAUUAUCUGAUAACACUAUCCGCUGAUCAAACGACUAGAAUACAUGCCAGUUGGAAAAAAGCAGAUUCAGAUGCGGAGAGUUUAACUUGGCAUGAAAUUGCUCGACCGCAGGUGCAUGGCUACGAUAUGCAGUGUCUGUGCAUGCUGUCUCGCUACAAAUUUGCAAGUGGAGCAGAGGAGAAAAUUGUGCGUAUUUUUCAAGCACCGGGUAAUUUUGUUGAAAACUUUCGCCAAUUAUGUGACGUAAGUCAGGAUCCAGAAGGAGACAACUUUUUGAAGUCAAAUCCCGAUGGUGCUUCCGUACCUUCCCUGGGUCUUUCUAACAAGGCUGUUUACAGUAGUAAUGAAGAGCAGCAACCAGACACGAAGCACGUUAAGGACAUGUAUCCGGAGCAUUACUUCACACGCACCGAUAUGCACAACCCACCAACAGAAGAAACCUUAAUGCAAAACACGCUUUGGCCUGAAACGCAGAAACUUUACGGCCAUGGAUAUGAAAUCUAUGCCCUAGCGGCAACGCACAAUGGACGCUUCCUAGCAUCUGCUAGCCGCGCGAGCUCUAUAGAACAUGCAAAAAUUCUCAUCUGGGAUACAACUACGUGGAAAAUCAUUCAGCGCUUGCAGGCUCAUCAACUGACUGUGACACAGCUUUCGUUUGCUCCUAGCAGUACUCUACUGCUGGCUGUGUCCCGAGACCGAUCGUUGUCUGUUUUCGAGAAUGUCGCAACAUCGGAAAACUGCGACUUUCAGCUGGUGACCCACACGAACAAGCAAACCAGUGUCCACGCUCGAAUUAUAUGGUGCUGUGAUUGGACACACGAUUCUCGACAUUUUGCAACCGGAUCUCGUGAUGGCAAAGCGGUACUAUGGACACGAGGGGACGAUGGUCUGUACAGUGCAAGCACUGUACUGGAAUUGAAAGGUGAAUCGAUUACCGCAGUCGCUUUUGCGAAACGAGAAAUAUCUUCAGCCCAAUACCUGGCGGCGAUUGGGUUGGAAAGUGGGAUUAUCCAGUUGUAUGCGUUGAAACCUGAAUGGAACCUGCUAAGUGUUGUAGAUCAAUUCUCCGGUCACCACUUGACUGUGAAGAGGCUUUCCUUUAGGCCAACGAAAGGUGUUACACAACUGGCAAGCUGCGGCGAAGAUAAUUUUGUAAGAAUUUACGAUAUUUCUUUUGAAUAAAAGA